CAACCUCACUCCAUCCCACAACCACAACCCCUCAUCAUGCCGCCAGAAAUCGUUCCCUCGGACUCAGACUACGCUUCUGAAGAAGAUUCCGACUUCGCGCCCGAUACCGCACCCGCUCCAGAAGUGGAAUCCUCCGACUCGGAAUCAGAGGCCGACGAACCGACCUCGAAAGCGCAAGCAAAGCCCAAGAAUAAGAAGCGGAAGAGGGGUGACGAGGAAGAGGCAGAGGAUGUAGGAUUUGAGAACUCUGGGGAUGAGGCGGUUAUAAAGGAGUAUGAAGCACCGAAGAGGAAGAAGGGGAAGAAGAGCCGGGCGGUAGAGCUGGAAGAUGAAGGUGGUGAGGGAGGUUUCGUGAAAACGAGGAGCAUGAGGGCUGUGGAGAGUGUCGAGAAAAAGAAGAAGUUAGUAGACACAACGGCCGCAACAGUCGAUGUCGAUGCAGUCUGGAACGCCAUGAUAUCUGGGAAACCUCUUCCACAAGUUUCCGAGCCUGUGGCCUCCAUAGAAGCACCACCCCUCAAAUCACCUCUAAACCCGACCACGAAACGCAACUCGCUCGCGCAAGAAUCUAGGAAGGAUACAAGGUCCCCGAGUACCUUGAACGAUGGCCCUGAUUCGAUGAUAAUGAUAAAGCGAACAUACACAUUUGCCGGGAAAGUUCACACUGAACAAAAGCUCGUAGCAAGAAAUUCCGCCGAAGCAAAGCUGUAUCUUGCCUCCCUCCCCGAAAACGCGCCUCCCGCCCCUCCAGCAGAAGAAGAACCCUCGCCAUUCACCAAACCCAAACGCCUGGUAAAGAAAGCCCGACGUUCUAUAUUUGAGCCUGUGCCCCUAGAAGGCUGGCCAAAGAGAUAUGAUCUGCAUUUCGGGGAGAGGAAGGAGAGUGAUGUUAAGCUAAGUGAGUUGGGCAGGGAUAAGGGGAAGAAGCUGAAUACGGUGGAGAAGAGCGCGAUGGAUUGGGCGGGCUUUGUGGAUAAGGAAGGCAUUAAGGAUGAGUUGGAUGCUGCUGGGAAGAGUAAGGCGAGUUACAAGGCGAGGCAGGAGUUCUUGGCCAGGGUACAACAGAAGAAGGAGGAGGAUGAGAGGAGGGCUAGGGGGUUGCCUGUUUGAGGUUUGGAGGUGGGAGCUGAUGUUUUUGACCAAUGGGAUGAGGCAAGAGUGCGAAGUAUAUACCCUUCUCUGAUAAUGAAGCACGAAUUGGUAAAACAGAGAGCAG